UUCGUUCUUGCACAAUUAACACAGCCUUGCGGUAGGGAGUGACGCAGAGUCGCGUUUCUUAGUUUCUCGGUAAUUUACACAAAUAAAUAGCGUCAUUCGCACGAACGAAUUUAUCACUUUUAUUUCUUUGAUCUUCGAGACGCAGAACCGCUGAACGGGAUCAAGUCAAUGUGAUUUCGCGCGUCCCGGGAGCAAAGACCCUCUCACAUGUCGAUAUUGAUGCGGUAGGGCCGAAAUAAACAUGCCGCAGCCGAAAUCGCGAAAGAUCGCCGUCCUGGGAUACAGAUCCGUCGGGAAAUCCUCUUUGACUAUACAGUUUGUGGAAGGUCAGUUUGUGGACUCUUAUGAUCCCACCAUUGAAAACACGUUCACUAAGAUGAUCACAGUGAAUGGACAGGAGUAUUCACUGCAGCUGGUGGACACAGCCGGUCAGGACGAGUACUCCAUCUUCCCACAGACUUACUCUAUAGACAUCAACGGUUACAUUCUGGUGUAUUCAGUCACAUCAAAUAAAAGUUUUGAAGUAAUAAAAGUUAUCCAUGAGAAGCUGUUGGAUAUGGUUGGGAAAGUACAAGUUCCCAUAAUGCUGGUGGGCAAUAAGAAAGAUCUUCACAUGGAACGUGUGAUCAGUUGUGAAGAGGGUAAAGCGGUGGCAGAUUCAUGGAAUGCAGCGUUCAUGGAGUCCUCUGCGAAAGAGAACCAGACCGCUGUGGAAGUGUUUAAGAGGAUAAUCCUGGAGGCCGAGAAGAUGGACGGCGGAGCUCCACAGGGUCGAACGUCUUGCGUUGUGAUGUAGAUAACCCCGCCCUUCCUGACAUGGCCCCGCCCCUCUCCCACAGUCUGCCCACCCACCGGAGAACCAGCACAAACUUUUCUAGCAAGCAUGUUUGUUUGUUUGUUUUCUGGUGUUUGGGGUUAAUGGAGCAGCUGUGAUUUGUUUUCUUUGGUCUAUUUUAUGGUGAAGAAAAGGCUUAGCUUUGGAAUUACAGAAUUUGAACAGGGUUAAAGACACUAUGAGAUGUUUGCUAGAAAAGUCUGUUUACAGAGCCCACCGCACCCCUUUCUUUCUCUCUCUCCCCCCGCCCGCGGCCCACCACAGCACUGGACACUGGGAAAUCCCUCUACUUGAAGUGGCUAAUUGCCUGUUUUUCUCCAUCAGAGUUCAGCUUUUUCUUUUAAACCUUUUUUUAUACCUUAAUCACAUUCAUUUUAAUUUUUUUAGUUGCGUCAUUUCUUUUUCUUUCAAUUUUAUUAUUUUGGGAGAAAAUCAUUCAGUGACAAUAACACACGUCUGCUUUCUGCCUCAUCCUUUCUUCAUCAUCAGCCUUAUGUCUCCACUCACCUCUUUUCUACCUCUCAUCUUCCUCGCUGUCUCAAACCCUGACAAAUUUGUAUAUCGUGUUUCUUAAAAGGUAAUUAUAUCCAAAGAAGUCACAGCGUUCAGGAGUGAAUGUUGUUGAACUUUUUUGAUUGUAAAAUCAUUAAACGCAGCAUUUUGUUUCACUACA